GGGAAAGAAGAACAGUUCUGCGUGCGGGCGAACGUACCCCCGGGAGUGAUCUGUGUGUGUUCAAUUGGUUCUCGUUGCGAUCGGGAAUCUCCUACAGGUGUCCUUACGUUUGCACCCCAACUCAAACAAGCCCGAUCGACCAGCUAGUUUUCCACCAGAAAAAGCGAAGAAAAGCGUUAGUUAGCGACGUAAAAAGUGAAACUAAUUGUUUAUUGAUAGCAGACGCAUCGGAAGACUGAAAAAGCGACGCACGGCGUGACGGUGGCGAUCGUGAGCAGGCGGGAAAUUGCAACGCCACACCGGAAAGCGCCCGAGCAGACAAGCGACCGAAAAUGUGAAAAGUUUUAUUGGAAAUCAAAAGAAGAAAACAAAGUGAUCCUCCAUCCGAAUCGGCCGAGCGGAAGGGAAGAAAAAUGUGACGACAUCGUGACGAACGCGAAGAAAAAUCGAACGUAAAAGAAGUGAACAUCUCGAACAAGUGCCGAAGAAAAGAGGACGUGUGUGUGUGUGAUCGGAUGUGCCGACGGGGAAGAUGAUCAAGCGAAACUACGAUGUGCAGCACGUGGCGGCGACUGGUGGCGUCGGCAGCAAGCACGGCAAGUCGUCCUCGAAUCUGUUCGACAAGCUGACGAAGCGCUACUCCGGCGUGAUCGGGACGCGCUUUCUGCGCAAAACGCCCGGCCGGAAGGGUGGCGUGGCGGAGCCGCUCUCCGACAGCUACGACAUGUGCGGUACCCGGUCCGAUGACUUUCGGCCCGAGAUCGGGGCACCGGUGCUCAUCUCGAAGACGAUGAAGUUCGACUUCGAUACGGACUCGUCGGUGGAGCAGCUGCCGUUGCCGCGGGUCCCGUCGUCGAGGGUGGUGGGGCGACCGGCCGGCACUCCGACCACAUCGGAGGACAGCGAGAACGAUGUCUUCCUGGACGCGAACAGCUCGCUGCCGAACUUUGGCGAGAUCAGGUUCACCUUCCUGCCGGAGAGCAACAACAACUGUCGCAGCUUCCUGGAUGGGAACGUCGGGGGGCAGGGCGAUGCGGAGGGUGGACGGUACAGGCAACUGGAGAAGAGUCGCUCCAAGUCGGCAUACAACCUCCACCACCACCACCACCAACACCAUAGUACGGAGGUGCGGCUAUCGCUGUACUCGAAGGCUCCCUCGUUAAACCUCUCGGGAAACUCCGACGCGCAAGUCUAUCUCCAUCAAACGCCCCACCGGACGAAUGCCACCGGAACCGUGUCGGUUCCGAACAGUCCGGCGGUGGAGAGCAUCUACGACUUCCCGCGCAGUACCCGCUCGGACGGUAUCCGCAAACCGGCCGGUGAGUCCUCGUACGAUCUGACACGCUCCCACCACGUGCUGAACGAAAUCAACCUCUCACUGGUGAGCGACACCUGCGGGGACAACCUGUACCAGAACCUGCCGAGCCCGGCAGCUCACUACGACGUGCCGCCGGUAGUGCAGCAGAGCUUCGCCAGUAGCACGCACAGUGGAAGUGCGGGAUCGUCCACCGGCAGCCGGUCGACGCGGGAGGAAGAGUUCGACCUGAAGUCGGCCAGUCUGCAGAGCCUGACGGACGCGGGCACCGGUGCCGGCCAGCUGGCCGUGUCGAUGGACGAGCUGAACGAGCUGACGCGCCAGAUCAACGAGUCGGCCGCAUUCCGCGGGUCCGCACACCAGCUUCCGGACAGCGACGAGUACUGCGAGCACCGGAAGCAACUGCAUCCGUCCGAGCGGCGCCUGACGCUGCUGAAGAACCGGAGCGCUCCGGGCAAGCACUUCAUCGACUUUGACCGGCGGAAGGCAAAGAUUACGAAGAAGUGGAGCGGCUUCAAGAGCUGGAUCGGCGAGGAGCAGGGCCGCAUCCGGGAGGUGGUGCAGAAGCACGCCGCCAUGCAGCGGGUCGGAGACGCUGGACCUAACACCAACACCACCAGUAGCAGCAAUGCGGUGAAGCGCAAUAGCAGUGAUGUGACCACGACGACGACGAGCGAUGCAGAUUCGCGGACGGAAAAUGAGGCCACGAUGCCGACGCCUCCGGAGUCCAGUGUGGCGCGCCGCGACCGGACACUGUCGUCCGAAGAUCGGGACGGAUCUCGCACCAUAAACCGGAAGAGUGUCAACGCGGAGAUUCUCGAGGGCCAGAAUGGCUUCGAAGAGGUUCGCCGUUUCGUUAAACAGGGCGGAGACUUCGGUAAGGACCUGGUCGCGAUCCUGCACGAGCGAACGGAAAUCGAACAACUGUACGCCAAAUCACUGUCCAAGAUCGCCAACAAGCUAAACAAGGCGUGCCGGGACCUGCCGGGUACGAUCGCGGAAUCGUGGCGCUCCGUUUCGGCCGAGCUGGAGGGCCGCAGCGAGGUACACCGCCAGUUCUCGAACUCGCUGGCCGAGGAGGUUGUGAAGCCGCUGAAGGCGGUCAUCGAGAACCAGCACAAGGCACGCAAGACGAUCGAGACGAACGUGGACAAGUCCGCCCGCAUCCUUGCCGAGUGGCGGACGGCGGAGACGAAGGCGAAAAAGAACUCGCACGGAGCGGCCCGGGAAAACGAGAAGCUGCAGGAUGCCAUGCUUGACGUAAAACUACAACGUACGCCCUCGAUCGGCCUGCUGCACAAAACGAACGAAAAGGACACGAAGGUGUCGGAGAAGGAUAGCAGCAAACUCGAGGGCAAACGGAAGAAGGCCGAAGAGGCCGUGAAGAAGGCGGACGUGGAGUACUACACGCUCUGCAUUCGGGCGGAACGUGCGCGCGUGGAUUGGGAAAUGUCCGUCCUACGCGGCUCUUCCAUGCUGCAAACCCUCGAGAGCCAGCGGUUGGCGCAAUUCAAAACGCAUGUCUCCGACUACCUCAAACUUUCGGCCGAGAUGAGCCCACUGCUGACGAAGACGAUCGACCGACUGAGCCCCCAGGUGGCCAUGUGCAGCGUGGCCAAGGAUCUGGACGUGCUGAAGAACAUACGGCGGGCUACCGAGGGCCCCAGCGAGCAGUUGCUGCCGGACUUUUACUGCGAACACACGACGCUCGCCAUGAACCGGGAACGGCGGAAGCAAUCGCUGGUUAAGUUGUUGCAGCUCAUCCGCCAGGAUCUGGACCGGGAGCGGAGGUCACGCAAUGGUUUGAAGGGAUUCUCGCAGACGCUGGAUAAAAACGGUGAAAGCAACCAGAACAUUGCGGACAAACUAUAUCAUAUAAGAUCGAUGCUCACAUACCUUGAGGGUGCUCGUUAUAAGCUGCAAUCGGCACUUUUGGAAUUGGACCAUAAACCGCGGUCAAGCCAUCCACUUGCCCAACACAUCCAGAUAACACGCGAUCGAACUGGUCUGCAGACGAGUGUGCUGAAGGUGCCUCUGUGGCUGAAACACGACCAGGAUGAUGAAGGCAACCUGGAAUCUUCGGGUGGUACGAACAACGGUCGUGACUAUAGCGCGCAAAGCUGUGAAACGGACGAGUCGAGAGAGCAGAAUUGUUUGGACAUCAAAAACGAUACGCUUAUCAAACACAUCGUGCACAAGUACGCCCGAAGUGGAUGCAACGGAGAGCAAGGCCACUAUACGGUCACUAAAGUGGGAAAGGCAACGGUGCAGGACGAAAGCAGUCCCGUCUGGGACCGAGGCGUGGCCGAUGGCGUAUCGAACCAGCCCGAUUCCGAUUUUGAUGAAUUCUCCUCCCAGGACGAAGAUGACGAUCCGAAACUGACGGCCAAGGAAAAUGGGUGUCACCCGACAACCGGUAAUGGUCUAAAUGCAAAUGGCACCGAAAUUGGAUGCUCGGGAACUGCGUCAUCCAAACAAUCGAUCGUCCUAGGUCACUGCAAGGCACUGUUCAGCUACACACCAAAGCUUUACGACGAGCUGGAGCUGCAACCCGGCGAUAUUCUGGAGGUGCACAUCAAGCAGGAGGACGGCUGGUGGCUUGGGGCGCUGCGGGGCCAAAUCGGAAUCUUCCCGGCAACCUAUGUUGAAGAGAUUCCUUAGUUUGAGAAUGAGUCGUUCUGUUCAAUGUAAAUAGGAAAAACGUUGUUUGUCAAAAGAAUGAAGAAUACGUUUAUGAAUUCUAUCGCAGAGUACAAGCUUAUACGUUGUCCGUCUUUGAAAGGUUUCUGUAAAAUAAAAUAAAAUGAACAAAAUAGGUCAUCACUAUUAUCGAAGGCAAUUUCCCAUAGUAAGGAUGGUUUGUAGUAAUAAUUAUGUAAGAUAAAAUGGUUGGCCCGUUUUUUAAAUAAAUAAUAUCCGUUGUACUAGAAUGGCCAUUGAAUGUGAAAUCGGGCGCAUUGCUCUAAAUGCGUAGUUGAAAAAGGGCAAUAAAUGUAAAUAACUUAUGUGUUGUGUUAGAGAAAAUAAUUUCAAAUGAGCGAUAUGUAAAGUUCGCGAACGAAAAUUGUAAUUAAAAAGAGGUCAAUAAAUAAAUGCCGUACAAGUAUCCUUCCAUAUAUGGAA